AUGGCUUCCAACUCUUCCAGCCAAGAAAACGAUAAUCGUUUAGAACAAAACUGCUCUGUCUUCAACAUCCAGAUGGAAUUUCAUUACGUUUCACCUCUCAACUUGGAAACAACGUCCAUAGAAACUCAAUGUGUAAUGUGUCCUAGUGACAUGUUUUUAUCUGAAGAGCACGGUCCAGACAUUUUACUUUCAAUAUUGUCAGCCAACACUGCUGUUCCUCUGGAAACCCUUCAAACCGUCAUUGUUCCCGGUAUCUUGUCUUUUGCACGGAAGAUUGAUGCUGAUCCUGUUAACCUUGGACGUAAAAUAAUAAAAUUUGGUGUGGAAAUAUUUCUUCCAGAACCCGAUGAUGAGGUGAUUGAUGACUCAUUGAGUACAUUGAAUUUCAAGCCUGCUAGUCGGUCAUCUAUUCAAGCUCUGAAAAGGAUGAAAUUGGGUGACGAUCAAGAUCAUCUCUUACCAUUCAAAAAGGGAAGAAGGCUUGAGGGUUUGACUUCAAGUACUUCAGAGAAAGAAUGUAGUAUCUGUUUGGAUGAGUUUUCGCAUGGUGAAGAGGUUGUGUUGAUGCCUUGCGGACAUGUUUACCAUGAUGGCUGCAUCGUUAGGUGGUUGGAGGCGAGUCACUUGUGUCCCUUGUGUCGAUACAAGAUGCCAAGUUGA